GUGUCAUUAUUACAUUAAGUAUCACACAUAAGCUACUCAUAUAAUUACAUUUUUAUCGUUUGUUUAAACACAAAAAAAAUACAGCAGUGACUAACGGGCUAUUUCCAAUAGUUUAGUAGAUUUUAACGACGUUUCCCAUAAAAGUAUAGACAAACCGUUUAAGUUUUACGAUCACACACUAGAAUCGAUUUAUUAGCAACCCAAAACGUUUUUACAGGGAAGCCGCCCACAGCGCAAAAACAGUCAACUCGGUAGCUGAAAAUGUAGACCUUGGGGAACUAUGAGAAGACAAAACGGUAGACGGACGGAUCUCGCCACUUUCUGCAAUUUGCUUCUGCUGGUGCUGCUACAGAUUCUGAGCGUGGUGAUCGGCACGAACAGCGAUGACAUCUCGAACAUUUGGUAUUUUGGGUGCAGAUGGUUCGGAGGAAGUGAGAAUAAGAUGGCUUGCAACUGCUCGUCGGAAGCGAAGGAGAUGUACAUACAAAGAGACUCAAUCCAAGGCUUCGAGUCAGCCCUAGAAAUUCACAACUGCCCAAAAGUUCGCUUCGGAGGAUACUCGAUUUACGACCUAAGAACCUUCCGCAGUAUAACCCUCACUAAUAUACAAAACCUCACUUUCGAACCAAACAGCCUUAACUGGGUGGGAUACAGAGACAUUUCCAUUAACCAGCAAGAAAGGUUUGAUUUAAGCAUACCAAGUUUAAAAAUCCACAUUAUCAAUAGUAAUAUAGACAGUAUUGGAUCGUACACGUUCGUGGGGAGAAUCCAAGAAAUCCAUAUGGAAAAAGUAAAUAUAGCCAGUAUAGAAGCUUUCGCGUUUUCAAACAUUUUACAGAUGGAAAAUCUUAUUUUCAAAGAAGUGGUACUAAGAGAUGUUAAGCCGCAAGCCUUCAAGAUGUUUGGAACAGAAUCACUUAUUUUUGAUGGGGUGACCGCUCAGCAAUUGCCAAGCAGAACAUUUUCUAAUGUUACAGUUUACAGGAGGUUUCUUAUAAGCAAUUGCAACUUUGACAUCUUAAGACCAGCGACUUUCAUCAUAAAUAACCCUGCAAGUUUCGUGGUCACAGACACUAGAAUCAACCAGUUAGAAGGCGAAGCUUUUUAUUUAACUACUACAGGAGAUGUUUUGUUCAGAAAUAACUACUUUGACCAAAUAUAUAACCAAGCCUUCAUGGGCAUCACCUUAAACACCCAAGAAGUGACCUCAGGACGUGCCAUAAGUUUCGAUUCAAACACUUUUGGAAGUUUACGAAAAUAUUCUUUGGAUGUUCAACCCCAGUUUCAGGCGAGAGUUUCUAAUCUGUAUUUGAACCAGACCUGUGAUUGUGAGAGCAUCGUGGUAAACGUUAGUAACAGUGAUUUUUAUAAUGAAAUUAAGUGUGUGGACUAUGAGGGAAAGUAUGUUACUAUGAGGGAUUUUAAAAGUUACAAUUGUUCAAUAUUGGCUGGAUAUUAUCCUAUUCUGAUUGGGGUUUCUAUAGUGAUACUGCUCCUGGGAAUAUUAGCCAUAGCCUUUUAUUUAUACUACGUUAUGGUCUAUAAGAGGGACAAAUAUGGGUGCAAAAGAGUUCAUGGUAAACCCAACCUGAGCUUAAUCGUACCUGAUGGGAAAACUUACCGGGAAACUGAACUGCACGUGAUCGUCGAGAAAGCUGAUUUGUUAACCACCGAUUUGUAGUGUUAAUUCGCCUUUUUCUAUCAGUAUUUGACAUAGAUGUACAUACACAGACUUUUAAUUUAUUUUUGUUAUGUAAGUGUGUUAGUUAACUACUGUGAUCUCUAAGAUUUCCAGGGUCUUUUUUUUAAUUUAUGUGUUACUUGUCGAUAUAUUUAGGAUUCCAAAGAGGCUCUAAUAAAGAAAAGCCACA